AUGGCAGACGAUCAACCUGUUAACGGCAACGAUGAAGAGUUGCCGGAAAAGGAGAAAAACCAAAAAAAAGUCGCCAAGUAUGACAGCGGGGCUGCAGAUCUAGAAAAAGUUACAGAUUAUGCUGAGGAAAAAGAAAUAUCUACCCAAGACGUGGCGAAUGCGAUUUCAGCCAUAGGAGAUAGAAGGAACAAAGACGCAUUAGAAAAACAGGCGAGGGAGAAAGAAUUACUGAAAGUGUCUAUCAAAAAGGAAGAUGUAGAUUUGAUUGUAAAGGAAAUGGAGAUAUCGAGAUUUUUAGCCGAAAGAACUCUUAGAGAAUAUCACGGAAAUGUAGUUAAUGCAUUAAUAGCCUUAACUAAUUAG